GUUGAGCUGACUGGGAAUAGCAUUUUUGAGUACAUACACCCUGGGGACCAUGAUGAGAUGUACACAGUGCUGAAUCCGCAGCCAUCACCUCCACCGCCAUCACCCAUGCAUCACCCACAGUUGCAUAUGUUGCAAGACUAUGAGCUGGAGAGGUCGUUCUUCAUUCGCAUGAAAUGUGUUCUCGCCAAACGGAAUGCCGGCCUCACUUCCGGUGGUUACAAGACUUCUUUUGACUAUGAGCUGGAGAGGUCGUUCUUCAUUCGCAUGAAAUGUGUUCUCGCCAAACGGAAUGCCGGCCUCACUUCCGGUGGUUACAAGGUGAUACACUGUAGCGGGUACCUGAAAAUGAAGCAAUACUCUUUGGACAUGUCCCCCCUGGACGGGACUUGUUACAAGAAUGUCGGGCUCGUGGCUGUGGGUCAUUCCUUGCCCAGUUCCGCAGUCACAGAAAUCAAGAUGAACUCCAACAUGUUCAUGUUUCGUGCUAGUCUCGACCUCAAGCUCAUCUUCCUUGAUCAGAGGGUUGCUGAUCUCACAGGUUUCGAGCCACAGGAUUUGAUAGAAAAGACUCUGUAUCACUACAUCCACUCAUCCGACAUCAUGUUCAUGUAUUAUUCUCAUCGCACGUUAUGUGUCAUGUUGUCCUUGUGCUCGACAGUGUUGUACAAGGGUCAGGUGACUACCAAGUACUACAGAUUCAUGACCAAAGAUGGCGGCUGGGUGUGGAUGCAAAGUUACGCUACCAUUGUGCACAAUUCGAGAUCUUCUCGGCCUCAUUGCAUCGUCUCUGUCAACUAUGUUCUGACGACUUUUUGUCUAACAGACUAG